UGUGACACAAUUCACUGCUGCUGGAGAGAGAACAGCCCGAGGUUGAGUUCUUGCAGGAGCAGCUUCACCGUGGUGGACCCCAGGGAGACAGAACUAGCCCAAAUGGACGACACUAUGGAUAGUAAAUCCAUUCUGGAAGAACUGCUUCUCAAAAGGUCACAGCAAAAGAAGAAAAUGUCACCAAAUAAUUACAAGGAGCGGCUUUUUGUUCUAACCAAAGCAAGCCUUUCCUACUAUGAAUACGACAAAAUGAAAAGAGGAAGCAGGAAAGGAUCAAUAGAAAUUAAGAAAAUCAGAUGUGUGGAAAAAGUCAACCUUGAGGAACAGACACCUGUGGAGAGGCAAUACCCAUUUCAGAUUGUGUACAAAGAUGGACUUCUUUAUGUCUAUGCAUCAAAUGAAGAGAGCCGAUGUCAGUGGUUGAAAGCACUGCAAAAAGAGAUACGGGGCAACCCCCAUCUGUUGAUCAAGUAUCACAGUGGAUUCUUUGUGGAUGGGAAGUUCCUGUGUUGCCAGCAGAGCUGCAAAGCAGCCCCGGGAUGCACUCUCUGGGAAGCAUAUGCUGAUCUGCACAUUGAAAUCAGUGAUGAGAAACACAGAGCUCCCACUUUUCCAGAGAGGGUACUGAAGAUUCCAAGGGCAGUUCCUGUUCUCAAAAUGGAUGCAGCAUCUUCAAGUGCCAUUCCACCUCAAUAUGACAGCCACUCAAAAAGCUAUGGUUCCCAGCCUACCAUCAACAUACGCUAUAUUCCAAGGGAAGACUGCCCUGACUGGUGGCAAGUAAGAAAACUGAAAAGUGAGGAAGACUUUGCCCGCAGUAACCAAUUGGAAAGAAAUAUUGUAUCUCACAGCACCUCAAAGAUGCCAUGGGGAUUCCCCGAGUCAAGUUCAUCUGAAGAAGAGGAAAAUCUGGAUGCUUAUGACUGGUUUGCUGGGAAUAUCUCCAGGUCACAGUCUGAGCAGCUACUGAGACAAAAGGGAAAAGAAGGAGCAUUUAUGGUUAGAAAUUCCAGCCAGAUGGGAAUGUACACAGUGUCCUUAUUUAGUAAGGCUGUAAAUGAUAAAAAGGGAACUGUCAAGCAUUACCACGUGCAUACCAAUGCUGAAAAUAGAUUAUACCUGGCCGAAAACUACUGCUUUGAUUCCAUUCCAAAGCUCAUUCACUAUCACCAACAUAAUUCAGCAGGCAUGAUCACACGGCUCCGCCACCCAGUGUCAACCAAGACCAACAAGGUCCCAGUGUCUGUGGCUUUGGGAAGUGGAAUUUGGGAACUGAAAAGAGAAGAGAUUACCUUGUUGAAGGAGCUGGGCAGUGGUCAGUUUGGAGUGGUCCAGCUGGGCAAGUGGAAGGGGCAGUACGAUGUGGCUGUAAAGAUGAUCAAGGAGGGUUCCAUGUCAGAAGAUGAAUUCUUUCAGGAGGCCCAGACCAUGAUGAAACUCAGCCAUCCCAAGCUGGUGAAAUUCUAUGGAAUAUGCUCAAAGAAAUACCCCAUCUAUAUAGUAACUGAGUAUAUAACGAAUGGUUGCCUGCUUAAUUACCUGAAGAGUCAUGGAAAAGGACUAGAAAGCUCCCAGCUCUUAGAAAUGUGCUAUGAUGUCUGUGAAGGCAUGGCCUUCUUGGAGAGCCAUCAGUUCAUACAUCGGGAUUUGGCUGCUCGGAACUGUUUGGUGGACAGUGAUCUCUCUGUGAAAGUCUCAGAUUUCGGAAUGACGAGAUAUGUCCUUGAUGACCAGUAUGUCAGUUCAGUAGGAACCAAGUUUCCAGUCAAGUGGUCGGCCCCAGAGGUGUUUCACUACUUCAAAUACAGCAGCAAGUCGGACGUAUGGGCGUUUGGAAUCCUGAUGUGGGAGGUGUUUAGUCUGGGGAAGCAGCCCUAUGACUUAUAUGAUAACUCUGAGGUGGUUGUGAAAGUCUCUCAGGGCCACAGACUCUACCGGCCCCAACUGGCAUCAGACACUAUCUACCAGAUCAUGUACAGCUGCUGGCAUGAGCUUCCAGAAAAGCGCCCCACGUUUCAGCAACUCCUAUCUGCCAUAGAACCGCUUCGGGAGCAAGAUAAACCAUGA